GCCGGGCCAUGUGCUAGGAGCGAUCGCAGCGGGUAUAAAGAGGGACAGCGCAGCCCGGGUCCGCAGCGGGGCAGAACGGCGCGCUACUUGGCCCGGGCCGGGGGCCUGGCUGCGGAGGUCGCCCUGGUGGCGAGGGGGCCGCGGGCACCGCUGCAGUGGCUGUGAAGUCUCUGCGGAGCAGCCGCCCCAUGGGGAGCGGGGUGUCCCGACGGGGACGCGUCUGAGGCUGCCGAGAGGACCCAGCAGGAGAUGAGCUCUCUGGUUUAUCCCAGCCUGGGCAUGAAGGACCGCAAAGCAGUGACCAUCCUGCACUACCCUGGGGUGGGCAUGAACGUCAGCAAGGCCAGCACGGGACCCCACAUCACCAGUGCAGGCAUGAUGGCCCCCUCUGUGACCCCCCUGCCUUCAAAGCAGCCCUCCUUCACCCUGCCAACAGCCCCUCACCUGCUGGCCAGCAUGCAGCUGCAGAAACUCAACAGCCAGUACCAUGCCAUGGGGGUCUCGGGGCACCCAGCAGAAGCUGGGCCCAUCCAGAGCUGGGGCUUUGGAGCCCAGCCCCUGGGCCAAGGGGCACUGGCUCCCCCUGCUGGCACCCACAGCCCUGGCAUUAUUGAUUCCGAUCCGGUGGAUGAGGAGGUGCUGAUGUCACUGGUGGUGGAACUGGGCCUGGAUAGAGCUAAUGAGCUCCCAGAGCUGUGGCUGGGCCAGAACGAGUUUGACUUUGCUGCAGAUUUCCCUUCCAGUCGCUGAUGCCAGACUGACCUUGACCACAGGCAACCCUGGCAGAGGACUUUAACUGGACAGCCGUCAGGGGCAGGCUGGCAUGAUGGACCUGUUGGCCCUCCAGCCAACUGAGGCUGGCUCCUACUGCAGCUGAGUCCCCCUCUGCAAAGCUGCACCCAUGCCAUUCAGGACAGUUUGGUGAAGCUGGAGAAACUACAGCGCAGCUGGUGCUCCAUGGGGCGUUUUUUGGGCUGCGUGACCUAGCACCUGGUGGUGUUGCACCUUGCUGUGGAGGGCUAGUGUCUCCUGCUGGAGAUGGGAUUUAGCCUCCAGGGCACCAUUCCCCAAACUGGUGCUGGAGAAGGUGGACUGGCAGGCGAAUGUGGCAGGGCAGAAGCUGAAGACACAGGAAUGUAGGCUCAAGCAAUACGUACACCCCUGCUGUGGCUUGGGAAAGGGCUGCCCCAAAGGGGUCCCUCACACAGCUCCCAGGGACCAGAGCUGUCUCCCAUCCCUGCAGGGGGCCAGUGACUCACUUUACAGAGGAGACAGCUGGGGACUAAGCACAGUACCUGUGCUGCUGGGGGUGCUGGGACUGGGGGGAGACAGGGUCUGUUUCUGCAACAGCACGGGGCUGCUCCUGUGUGGCUUUUCAAUAAAACCCGUGGAAGGAAUCGGCCUGCCCGCAAGGCUGGGGCCUGGCUCUUAUCACCCCUUGUGCUGAUUUACAGUCAUUGCAGAAAACCAAACACGCUUGCCCUGCCCCGCCCCCUUCUCCAAGGCCUCACCCUGCUCACUCCAUCUCUCCUACCUCUGUCACUAGCUCUCUCCCACCCUUGCUCGCUCACUCAUUUUUACCAGACUGGAGCAGGGGGUUAGGGUGAGGGCUCCAGCUGGGGGUGCAGGCUCAGGAGUGGGGCCAGGGGUGCAGCAGGGGGCUAUAGGCUGGGGCUAAGGGCCUUAGAGUGGGGGUGAGGGCUGUAGGGUGGGGCCAGAAAUGAGUGCAGAGUGUGCAGGACUCAGGGUGGGGGUGCAGACUCUUGGGUAGGGCUGGGGAUGAGGGGUUUGGGGUGCAGGAGGGGGCUCCAGGCUGGGGUGGAGUGCAGUGGGGAUGGCACACAGGCUGCUGGGGGCAUGACCUGUGGUUCUUAGGUGUGCAGUGAAGCUGAGCAACUCUGAUUUCUCCCAGCCAAUCACAGGGGAACAGUAGGAAGGCUGGGUGCAUAUAGACCGUGGCUGCUGCCACAUGGACAGGGCCAUGUAGACACACCCUGUCACUGCACUAUUUCUAUUUGCAGAAAACCAGUGUGGACGUGGUAGUUCACAUGUUAUUUUGCAGCAGGGUUGCUCUUGCUUCACCUAGGCUAACACAAGAAGAGUGACUCCGGCAUAGGUAGCUUGAGUUAGCGCUGCAG